AAACAACUGAACAAGUGCAGACGACAACCGUUCACUAGAGACAUCUGCUGGAAUUUUUAGAUUAAUAACAGAGCGCGAGUUCUCAUCAUUUUUGUCAGAAAUGCUUCUUACCAAGGAAAAUCCUAUGUGGAAAAAUAAACCCAUUGCCAUUUUUCACAAUGAAUUGAAUAACGACGUACUUAUAGAAAGACUCGAACGAUCCUUUCAAAUACAUUACUCAGAAAGCUUGGUGCCAUUCUCUUGCUAUUUCCCAACAUCCCAAGCCACAUUCCUGCUUAUUGACUUUAAAUGUUACUUUCAGCACUGGACAGAAGAUGAAGCCUACGAUGAGGAGAAAAUUAAUUGGCUAACUAAAUUUGUCAAUACCAAUGAUGGACCUCACUUUAUAUAUCUAUGUCCACAAGUUGAUGAACUCUUGAUUUCUGUCACAUAUGAUAUUCAAAGAAGUAUUGAGACAAUGGUCAUGAAUAAGACUGUAUUAUUUGGAUUUGCUCCAUCCUGGAAAGCUGCUGCAAAUUAUAUGAAAGAAGCUGCUAAUAAAUUCUCCGUCGAAAGUGUCGCCGAAUAUUCCGCCGUUUAUCAGAAAGAUAUUGAAUUCUUGAUUGAAAACGCGAAAAGGGCUUGCACAGACGACGAAGCAGACAUGUCAAAGCGACUUCAAGUUUUCUCUCUAUAGUAUUCUGAACGAAUAUCCAGCACCUUGCUCACCACCAAGAAAUGUUAACUUGUCAGUUCAAUGGCUGUUUUUCAUCUAAAAAUGUGAAGUGUUUCCAAUAACAGAUAACUUGUUGAAAUAAUACCAAAACUUACAACUG